AUGGACAAACUCUAUAGGGGGCCGGCAGCUCAGCACAUGCUGGAGAAAACCCAGCAUUUGGGUCAUACAGACCUGGGGCUAAAUCCCAAAACAUUUAUGAGCUGGGUAACUAUGGGAGCCAUGAGCCACCGGAUCCUGCUGCUUCUGGCCGUGCUGACCCUGGGCCUGGCUACCUCCCAACACCGAGACAAGGUGCCCUGUAAGAAGCUGGACAAGGAAGUCUUGUGCCGGGGCCUUGGCCUACUCCAGGUCCCCUCGGCGCUCCCACGGGCCGUCGAGGUCCUCGACCUGUCUGGGAACCAGCUGCGGAGCGUCCUGGCCUCGCCCCUGGGCUCCUACACAGCGCUUCUUUACCUGGACCUGAGCGCCAACGAGAUUAGCUUCCUCCAGCCAGGGGUCUUGCAGGCCCUGCCCCGCCUGGAGCACCUCAACCUGGCCCACAACCGCCUGGCGGUGGGCACGGCGCUGAGCACCGGGGGUCUGGGUCCCCUGCCGCACCUGACGUCCCUGGACCUGUCUGGCAACAGCCUGUACAGUGGCCUGGCGGAGCGGCUGCUGGCGGAGGCGCCCGCCCUGCGCAGCCUCUCGCUGGCGGAGAACAGCCUGACGCGCCUGGGCCGCCACACCUUCUGGGGCACGCCCGCGCUCGAGCGGCUGGACCUUCACAGCAAUGUGCUGAUGGACAUCGAGGACGGAGCCUUCGAGGCCCUGCCCCACCUGGCACACCUCAACCUCUCCAGGAACUCCCUCACCUGCAUCUCCGACUUCAGCCUCCAGCAGCUGCGGGUCCUAGACCUGAGCUGCAACAGUAUCGAGGCCUUUCAGACGGCUCCGGAGCCCCGGGCCCAGUAUCAGCUCGCCUGGCUCGACCUGCGGGAGAACAAACUGCUCCACUUCCCCGACCUGGCCGCACUUCCGAGACUCAUUUACCUGAACGUGUCUAACAACCUCAUCCGCCUCCCUCCGGGGCCGCCCCAGGGCGGCGAGGGCCUUCACGCGCCUUCCGAGGGCUGGUCCGCCUUGCCCUUCUCUAACCCGGGCCGCAACGCCAGCACCCAGCCCCUCUCUCAGCUCUUGAAUCUGGAUCUGAGCUACAAUGAGAUUGAGCUCGUCCCCGAGGGCUUUUUUGAGCACCUGACUUCCCUGCGCUUCCUGAACCUCAGCCGGAACUGCUUGCGGGCCUUUGAGGCCCGGGCCUUGGGCUCCCUGCCUUGCCUCGCACUCCUGGACAUGAGCCACAAUGCGCUGGAGACGCUGGAGCUGGGUGCCAGGGCUCUGGGGUCUCUGCAGACGCUGCUCCUACAGGACAACGCCCUGCGGGACCUGCCCCCGUACACCUUCGCCGGCCUGGCCAGCCUGCAGAGGCUCAACCUGCAGGGGAACCGGGUCAGCCCCUGCGGGGGCCCAGGUGAGCCUCGACCCGCGGGCUGUGUGGCCUUCUCUGGCGUCUCCUCCCUCCGCGUCCUGAACCUGGCGGACAAUGAGAUGGAGACGCUCCGGGCAGGUGCCUUCCUCCACACUCCGCUGACCGAGCUGGACCUCUCUGCCAACCCUGGGCUGGAUGUGGCCACAGGGGCCUUGGCGGGCCUGGAGGGCUCCCUGGAGGUCCUGGCCUUGCAGGGCAACGGGCUGGCCAUCCUGCAGGUGGACCUGCCCUGCUUCAGCUGCCUCAAGCGGCUCAAUCUGGCAGAGAACCGCCUGAGCCACCUGCCUACCUGGACGCAGGCUGUGUCCUUGGAGGUGCUGGACCUAAGGAACAACAGCUUCAGCCUCCUGCCGGGCAGUGCCAUGGGCGGCCUGGAGACCAGCCUGCGGCGCCUCUACCUGCAGGGGACCCCCCUCAGCUGCUGCGGCAACGGCUGGCUGGCGGCCCAGCUGCACCAGGGCCGUGUGGACGUGGACGCCACCCAGGACCUGAUCUGCCGCUUCGGCUCCCAGGAGGAGGUGUCCCUGAGUCACGUGCGUCCAGAGGACUGUGAGAAGGGGGGGCUCAAGAACAUCAACCUCAUCAUCAUCCUCACCUUCACCCUGGUGUGUGCCAUCCUUCUCACCACGCUGGCCACCUGCUGCUGUGUCCGCCGGCAGAAGUUCAACCAACAGUACAAAGCCUAG